AUUGCUUAUUAUAAAUACAAACUCCCUCUUUUCAUGAUUACUGGACCGGUUUGUUUGUUGAAUGACCUGGUGUUAGAACUGCAGCAGCAGUCUUUUUAUAUUUCAUAUUAUUUCUGAUUAACUUCCAUCCAAACAUGACACAACGGAUCGCUUUGGUAACUGGAGGAAAUAAAGGAAUUGGUUUUGCAAUUGUGAGGGCGCUUUGCAAAGAACUAAAGGAUGGUAUCGUGUACCUGACUGCAAGAAAUGAAGAACGAGGUAAAGCUGCUGUAGAAGAACUUAAAAAGGAAGGUCUGCAACCUCGCUUCCAUCAACUAGACAUUGAUUCGCUGGAGAGCAUCGACAGACUGAAGGAGUUUCUGAAAUCCACUCACGGUGGCCUGGAUAUACUGGUCAAUAAUGCAGGAAUAGCAUUCAAGCAAAACGAUCCAGCGCCCUUUAAUGUGCAAGCUAAGGUGACCAUAGCAACCAACUACACAGGGACAUUGAAUGUGUGUCAUGCCCUUCUUCCAUUAAUACGGUCCCAUGGAAGAGUUUGCCAUGUUGCAAGUAUGACUGGACCAAUGGCAUUUAACAAGAUGAGUCCAAAACGUCAGCAAACAUUUCGGGACGCAAAGACAGAAGAUGAUGUUAAUAAGCUGAUGGCUGACUUUGUUGAGAGUGCUGAAAAAGGUACAUUAAGUGAGGAAGGUUUUCCACAGAGUGCAUAUGCUGUUUCUAAGGCUGGAGUCAUCACCCUUACAAGAGUACAGGCUUCAGCCAUAAAUGCAGACUCUUCAAGGCAAGAUGUCCUGAUCAACUGUUGCUGUCCAGGAUAUGUUGAUACAGAUUUGUCUAGUCACAAAGGAACCAAGACAGUCGAUGAGGGUGCUGUAACACCCGUUUAUUGUGUCAUGAUACCAAAGAAUUCAAAUGAGACCCAGGGGAAAUAUUUGUCAGAUAAAACUGUUGUUCAGACUUGGUAUCUGUUCAAUUCAUACGCAGACAAUGAAGAUACUCCCAACGCCAAACGAAAAGAUCCAGCGCCCUUUAAUGUACAAGCUAAGGUGACCAUAGCAACCAACUACACAGGGACAUUGCAUGCGUGCCAUGCCUUGAUUCCAUUAAUUCGGUCUCAUGGAAGAGUUUGCCAUGUUGCAAGUAUGUCUGGACCAAUGGCAUUUAACAAGAUGAAUCCAAAACGUCAGCAGACGUUUCGGGACGCAAAGACGGAAGAUGAAGUUAACAAACUGAUGGCUGACUUUGUUGAGAGUGCUGAAAAGGGUACAUUAAGUGAAGAAGGUUGGCCACAGACUGCAUAUGGUGUUUCCAAGGCUGGAGUGGUUACCCUUACAAGAAUCCAGGCUUCAGCCAUAAAUGCAGACUCUUCAAGAAAAGAUGUCUUGAUCAACUGUUGCUGUCCAGGAUAUGUUGAUACAGAUAUGACUAGUCAUAAAGGAACCAAAACAAUCGACGAGGGCGCUGAAACACCUGUUUAUUGUGUCAUGAUACCAAAGAAUUCAACUGGGCCCCAGGGAAAACAUUUGUCUAAUAAAACUGUUGUUCAGACUUGGUAGACUGUAAUUUCUACUACAGUUAUUGAAAUGACAACUGGUUGUUCUGAUUACAUCUUACUGAACUCUGUUUUUCUCAUUACACCUGGUUAUCACACCUUGUUGAAUAUAUUGUAAAGCCCAAUAUUUUCGCGAUUUUACAAUUUGACAUAUAUCCCAACAUUAUAUUUUCACGAUUUUACAAAUUGCAAUUGUUUUUGUGUCUAAUGCCCCCCAGGGUGUAGUAGACACUACGUUGUCAUGCAACAGUUGACUUUUCUAAUUCCGGUGGAGGUCAUUAUGUAGGUGGAUAUCUAAACCACAGACUCUAUAUACAACAGGAUUAAACCAUUAAUUAUUUUCCACAUCAUCGUUUCUAUAGAAUUAGGCAGUAGACACAUGCUCACGCUGGGAGCCUAUUUUUUAACAUGAUUCAGAAACCUGUCAUUAUGUUUUUUUAGCUUUUAUAUAUAUGUUUUCAUCCAUUUUCAAAUAAAUUGAGGCAAAUAAA